GCACGCACCACAAGCGAGGGACCCCCGGGACAGGUGGAAAAAAAGGGGCGUCUCUCUCUCUAGCUCCUCUAGCCGUCUCCGAUCUUUCGUCUUCGUUGCGAAAAGGUGGAAACCUUCGCCUCCAUCUCCUCCAUCUCCUCGCCUUCCCUUCCCCCUUUCGCUUUUUCGCGUGGUUUUUUUUUCGGUCUCCCAUCCGAUCAGAUCGGCGCGGGAUCUCAUCAUGGCAUCAAAGCGUAUCCUUAAGGAACUCAAGGACCUGCAGAAAGAUCCCCCCACAUCAUGCAGUGCAGGUCCUGCUGGUGAGGACAUGUUUCACUGGCAAGCAACAAUUAUGGGGCCACCUGACAGUCCCUAUGCUGGUGGCGUUUUCCUAGUGAACAUUCAUUUCCCGCCAGACUACCCCUUCAAACCUCCGAAGGUAUCUUUCAAGACAAAGGUCUUCCAUCCUAAUAUCAAUAGCAAUGGAAGCAUAUGCCUUGAUAUUCUUAAAGAACAGUGGAGCCCUGCUUUGACAAUCUCUAAGGUCUUGCUCUCCAUCUGUUCCCUGCUGACUGACCCCAACCCAGAUGAUCCUCUUGUCCCUGAGAUUGCCCACAUGUACAAGACGGACCGGCCGAAGUACGAGUCGACAGCCCGCAGCUGGACACAGAAGUAUGCCAUGGGCUGACGGACGAAUACUUCUGCAGCUGGAACCACUGACGAUUCCUGUGUCGUCUCAAGAAAUUGUUUAUGGGUCAUUGUCUCCUUCGAUUUGUUGCCGGUUGUGUGUAUCCCUGAUCCAUCUAGGAUCGUAUUGUAGUCGGUGUUGACCUAUCAUCAUUACCGUCCUUAGUGAGAUGGUCGGACAUGCUUUUGCCUUCGCACCUAUGCUUGUUGGGAAACCUUCCUUAAGGUGCGUGCUAUUUGGUAAAUGUUCAUCAAAGACCCGCCUCUGUGGAUCAUUGAAUGUAGGCUCAAUUCAUGUCAUGUUAUCAGAGAAUGUUGAAGGGUCUA